AUCCGCGGUCACACUGCAAGGAAGAGAAAAACCUAAAAAUUAUUUUAAAAAUUAAAUUAAACUCUGGGAAAUGUGCCACACCACACUAAUGUUUGAGUGCGGCCAAAAAUAAAAUGGAAUAAAAUGUGAAAACUACUCGAAUCGAGGACUUUUGUGGCAGUGAUUACUGCAGCUGGAUGUAUUUGCACGACGUGUGUCAAUAUAUGUAUGUAUACACAGACACAUGCAGCAGUGCGUUUGCGUAGGGGGCACCAAAAUAAUAACAGCGUAGCAGCAGCAGCAGCAACAAAGAAGUCUCACCAUAUGUUCGAUGCGUCAGAGCGUCAUUGGGCGAACCCGCAGUGCCAAUGUCAAGCCGAUAGCCAGUAGCCAAAAGCCAGUAGUCAUAGGGCCCGCAACACACGCAAGUGCAAGUGUCUGCCAUUUAGACAGUGCUAAGGAAGCAUAUGCGAAGCAAAGUGCAGGGCCAGGGCAAGUCGCGGAGGACACCAAACCGCCCGCACUAUGGGCAAUUGCCUGAAAUGCUUCCAGUCUUCUGCCGAACAAUCGUUGCCAACGUCCUCGUCUCCUAACGCAUCGCACGCGAACGCCUGCCAAACCACCAGCCUCGCCAACUGCUACGAAUCGGUCGGCCCCAAUCCCAAUGCGAAUGAGCGUUGCGCCAUAUACAACGAUCGGCCACGCGAAACUGACGAGUUGCUCUCUAGCCGAACUCCACUCAAGCCAGUAAAAGCAAACAAUUGUGAUACUAAGCGUAAUAGUUUUAAGUCUUUAGGUUUGCUUAAUGGAAGUGCACCCACGAUGAGCGAUAUCAUAACAACUGCCGUCAAAGAAUCGAUGGAGGUUUCACACCAAACUCUAAUCAAACUGUUCGAUGUGUACAAGGACCCGGACGAUGAAGACAUGAUACUCACUGACGGCAUCGAACGUUUGUGCAAUGAUCUGAACUAUCAGCCCGAUGAGUUCGCAAUACUUGUGUUGGCCUGGUGCCUGGAUGCCUCUCAGAUGUGCCGCUUCACCAAGACAGAAUUCAUUGAUGGCCUGCACAAGAUGCGUGCGGACACAAUAGCCAACAUUCGCCUGCGGCUGGAACAAACCAUUGAGAUGCUUAAGGCAGACUCUGAGAUGUUCAAGCAGCUAUACCGUUUCACUUUUCGCUUUGGCCUGGAACCAGAUCAGCGCGUCCUCUCUUUGGAGAUGGCAAUCGAUUUAUGGAAACUAGUGUUCACUGUACAAUCACCUGAUCUCUUUUCAAACUGGAUAAACUUCCUCGAAAAGCACCCGAAUAUACGCCGCAUACCGAAGGAUACAUGGAACAUGUACCUCAACUUUACGGAACAAUGUGAUAUAAACAAUUACGAUGACACCGAAGCGUGGCCCAGUCUCUUCGACGACUUUGUGGAAUAUGAAAAGAAUCGUGCGCUGGAACUGUCAGGUAUUCACGACGAUGACAACAACAAUGAUGAUCUCCUUCAAAGCCACGUCAAGGCUGGGGAUCUGCAUCACGUUUCGUAGUAUCUGUCUUCAGAGCAGCAGCUUAAGGCAUCGUUCCAACUCGCCAAUAUAUAAUUCUAUAUAAAACAAGAACUGUACAUUUUCAAAUUCAAUAUUCAUUUGCUCUCUUGCUGUUGCCUAUGUUUCCUUUCCAACCCACACCUCACACACCAUACACCUGUGUGGCUACUUUAGACAAAAUACGUUGCGGUGCUGGCGCUGCUUAAGGAUUCCAACACUCAUCAGUCGCGGCAGUUUGAAGAAUAGCUUGCUUGCACACACCUUUACUCUUUGUGCUCGUAGCAGUAGCAGGGGCAACGGACGCAUUUGUUUAUAUAAUUAAAGACUUAUCAAGAAGAAUUUCGGAAAAGCUCAAUCAUCGGGAACCAUGUGUAUAUAACUAAAUGACUUGUAGGAAGAGCAGAAAGGCAGACCGUAUAAUACUUAGCAAUUAAACGAUGUAUUAUUUUAAACAAGAUUGCAACAUUUUAUGGCACUUAACUAUUUAAAUGCAUAUAAUUAUAUACUUAAAUGUAAGUAGUGGAUGUGAAUUAAAUAAAUAAUAACUAAAUACG